UCAACUCGUUGUUAUGGGAGGAAAGCCAAGCUGAAACAACGAAGAUUUGAAAAACGUAUUUCACUCAUACCUGUUGCUGCUUAUUCAGUUGGAUAGAAAAAGCGAUCUAACGUUAAAAUGUCUUCGACUGAAGGUUUAAAUGUAUUACGAGAGAGGAAUCAAGACUUGUUGCUGCAGCUGAGGCACCAAACAGAAAGACUAAAAAAAAGUAUGAGGUCCGAAGCAAGCAUAACUAGAGUUAAUUCAGAAGCAACCGCACAAAACAUGACUAGUGGACAACGUUCGGUGGUUGAAAAGGACAGUACAAUAACGGAGGUCAGCCACCUCUUGUUGGUGCAGAACGAAGAGAAUCGAAACCCAGCAGACUUUAUGGUUACACUUACUGACGCCAACCGUGGUCCUGCUGCACGGGCUGCCCUCGGAAAACCCGCUGUGCGGUUCAAUGAGAUAAUCACCGUAGCCCCACUGAGAACGGCUGCACCAUCUCUGAUGAUUGAAACCUCACAAAGCCAUGUUGGGGAUGGUCAAGCGGUGUAUACUGGACUUCUCCGAGAUCGAGGCAACAGCCGGACCAGAGGCCACGUUAGAUCCCAAGUCUCCAGGAGAUCCGACGCUAGACCCGUUGUCUACAACCAAGAGCAAGUAUGGAGAGAGAUGGGCCGAGUCACAGAGCAGCCUCCUGGCUGGGAGCAGGGAACAGCAUCUGACAGACGCCGCAUGCAGCCUUUACUUGGCUACGACUGGAUAGCAGGUCUUCUGGAUGCUGAGAGCUCCCUCACGGAACGCUCUGAAGAGUUCUUCAGUGACCUGCGGACGUUCCGACAAGUCAACAGAGACCAGUGUGUCCACAGCCUGCAUGUAGGAUUACUUGAGGAUGAAGUCCCUCCCCAACAUUUGUCGGCAGAGGAGGAAGCCACAGAGCAAACAGACACUCAUCAGUGUACGUUCUGUUACAGGAUCAACGGAAGGUUGUUCCCAGCUUCUCUGGACCCUCAGGAGUCCUGUCCCGUGUGUAAGAUGCCCAAAGCUGACCACCCCCACUCUGCAGCCGAGCCUGCUUUCAUCAGGGUGAGCAUCCCUCGGUCCACCCUCCUGCCAGCCUACCAGUACAAGGCCCACCGGCGCUGCAGCUUCGACCCCUCAGACAGCCUUGGGUUGCCUUCACACUGUCUCUCAGGCUGGUCGAACCCAGCCCCCAGCUCUCUGCCUCUGGCCAGCAGCCUGGACCUGCGGAGCUACCUGAGGAACACAGCGCCUCCCACUGGGCUGGCGUCAGCGCUGCCACAGCCUGGGAACCAGCAGGAGGAUCUCUCCGUGUCCAGAGUGUCUGGUAGCACACGCUCCGACCAGCUGUUGAACGUGUCUCGUCUGGCCCGCUACCAUAUCCAGCGUCUGCCUCCUGCUAACAAGCCAGCAUGUUGCUCCUCCUAUCCUGUGUUGUGAACACCCACUGGAAACACCAUCAAGUAGUCUUUUGACAUAUAUUAAAUAGGCAGUCCCAAGUAAGUAUUUGAAAGGGCUGAAAAGAAGUUUGGCACCAAUUGGCCCUCCAAUAAAAGCUGAUGUAAACCAAGCAGUGUAAACCAUUAUUUUAACGUUUAACAGAACUUUUAUUGAUUACAAAAUUGUACAUCUGUGUUGUAGAUUUUGCUGUUGAAAAUGUUUUUUGUUUGUUUUGUACUACUGAAAUUGCUAUCGAGUAAAACUAAGUGUUUUUAAAGUUG